CCGAUUUAAAAGAAAACGAUCAAUAUUUAAGUAAAUUACACCGCCUUCAGUAAUCUUGAUUCUGUUUGUAAUGGCAAACAAAACAGAAUACAAUGACGACACAACUGCUGCCCAAAUACAGGAUCAAAACGCCUUGCUGGAUUCGCCUAUUCGUGGUCCCACACUCUCAACAAGUACAUCAAGUUUCGAAGCUUUAGAUCCACAUGAUCCCAACCUGAGCAAGCUUGCAACAAAAAUGUUUCGAAAAACAGAGGAAUAUAUAUGCAACGAACUUAAUGCACCUCUCGAAGACUACAAACUAUUGGAGGAAAUGAAUAAAGCUACGGUGGCCAAGUAUUCGGAUAUGCACCAAAUAGCCGAGAAUUUAAACGUAUCUACAAACGAAUUAAGCAUAAAGUUUCAGCAACUGGUUCCCCUCAUGAAACAAAUCGAUGAAAUAUCGGAUACAGUUGACAAAUUGGAGGCUGCCGCCUAUAAAUUAGAUGCUUAUAGCAUUGCUCUUGAAAACCGUGUGAAAUCAGUCCUUCAGCGGAAAUCAACAAUGCAUUAAAACUUUUUUCAUUUAAUAUAACAUUUUAGAUGUACGUAGUAAAAUUAAUGUAAAGCUCUCCCCUAUCCAAGUAUCAAUUUGAUGAGUAUGGCAAGAAUGUUGAGGAAUAUAAGUGGUACUAGAAAGAAAAUGUGAAAAUGAA